GACGGUUUAACGCCGUGGAGAUGUUGCUGGGAGUAGAGGACAAGGACUACUUCACAACGGAUUCUUCGCGAUGAACAAUUAGUGAGAGUGACAGCUAAUUGGAGCAAACUUAUAAGAUCAUCACGAAGAAUGUCGAAGAUAUUAACGGGGGUGGAUGAGCGCCCCAUGGACCCAGGACUCAAACUUGGCACCACUUGAAUGCAAAAGAAAAGUACAAAUGAGCAGAACGCGGGAUGGGCAAAUCUUGGCUUUUGGCCCUAUUUCCUGCGACGAUAACAACGAUGACAAUGAUGGCGUAUGUCACCGUAACAACGGCUACUUCAACCUCGGUGCCGUCUUUCGCUACAGACACCACCAACGAGAUUCUCGAUACAAAAAGGGCGGAUAUAGAAGAAGCUCUCGACGUGAUAGAAGCGGCAUCGACCGGAUCAUUGGGCGAAGACUGUGCUACGACCGCUGGUUUUAAGUCUUUACCAGGUGCCGUAGCACUCGAUCCCCGACGUUACAACACUGCACGUCAAAAAGCUGACAUGACUGCCCUGACGCUUCAAAAUCUUGGCUCUGUUGGUGUAUCAAGACGUAACGUACUUUUAGAUGUAUUAGCAAAGUCUCUGCUGAUGUCGGUGAACGAUGCAGUAGGAACAAGGGUGAUCGCGCUGAACUCGUCCACGGGCGCGGUGAUUAGUUCAGUCUGGUUGGAGAGGAGUCCAGGAAGCGUUGGAGAACCGUCCAAAGUCGAGAAUCACGGACUUCAGCCAGGAUCUAUACCGGAUCCAAAUUUACCAUGGUUCGAAAAUGCGGGUGCCAUUACAGAACUGAGGUCACCGAAAUUCAUGCAGUCACCGGCGAUUGAAUCCUACAGGGGUUGGUGGACCAUCCCGUAUUUUUCCUGCAAAAGUCAUCGAUGGUUGAUUUCGUACAGUGUUAACAUACGACCACCAGACGCUCGUCAUUGGGUUCGAGAAUUUUUAAGCAUAGAUAUCGAUAUCAACGGAUUAGAAGUAAAUCAAUGCGAGGCGCCGUUGCAGAAUAAUCAGGACGAAGUUCUAAGUAAUCAAAUAGGAUCUUUUAAAGGCACACACAAAUGUCAUACUGACACCACACAGUGUGAAUAUCAGAGUCCCAGUAAUCGCAUAAAUCAAAAUGGUGUUGGCGCCGGUUGGGCAAAGGGUGCAUAUGUAUGCAAAUGUCGAAAAGGUUAUUACAGCACGACCCAACAUCAAUCCGCUUUUGAUGGAAUUCUCGUCGAAGCCGCUUGGAAGGAAAUGCAAGAAAACAAAAGUGAUUCAUACGCAACUGUGUUCCAUUGUUUACGUUGUGCACCAGGAUGUGCUAAGUGCAAAGGACCCGAACCUUGUCUAGCUACUUACAACUGGUCUUUCCGAAUCACUCUUCUAUCGUUUUCUAUUUUUUGUGUAUUUGGUACCAUUGUUCUGGUGGCCUACAUGUAUCAACACCGCAAGCUCAAAGUGUUCAAAGUCGCUUCACCGAUAUUUUUGUCCAUCACGCUUUUGGGUUGCGCUAUUAUGUAUCUCGAAAUGGCCGCUAUAUUUCCCGUUUUGGACAUGUAUUCCUGCAUCGCCACAAAAUGGACGAGACAUCUUGGCUUUUGCAUUUCUUACACCGCAUUGUUGAUGAAAACAUGGCGAGUUUCUCUCACAUACCGUGUGAAAAGCGCGCACAAGGUGAAACUUACGGAUAAGCAACUGCUGCAGUGGAUGGUCCCAAUAUUGUUAGUAAUGUUAAUUUAUCUUGGCACGUGGACUCUCAGCGCACCACCGUAUGCCGAAGUGAUAGCCGAUAAUUAUGGUUUGAAAUUCUACCAAUGUUCGUUCAACUGGUGGGAUCACAGUUUAGCAAUCGGGGAAAUUCUAUUCCUUGCAUGGGGCAUUAAAGUGUGUUACAACGUUCGUAACGCAGAAAGUCUUUUUAAUGAGGCCCGUUUAAUAAGCUACGCUAUUUAUAAUAUAGCAGCUGUGAAUAUAACCAUGAUCGCCAUUCAUCUUUUCAUUUUCCCUCAUGCUGGACCGGAUAUCAAGUAUUUGUUGGGAUUUUUACGCACGCAGCUGUCCACUUCUGUAACUGUAUUUCUUGUAUUUGCGCCCAAGGUGACUCGCGUUUUACGAGGUCAAGGAGAUCAAUGGGAUAGUCGUGCUAGAGCCCGUGGUGUUACAGCCAGUUUCUCGUUAAAUGGGAUCGGAUUAGUGUCAGAAGAAACGACGGAUUUGCAUCAAGAAAACGAGGAGCUUAAGGAAGAGAUUCAGAAAUUGGCAGCGCAAAUCGAGUUUAUGAAAAUCGUGCACAUGGAGAUGUAUAACCGCCACAUAAAACCAAAAGCUGGUGGAUUCUUCAGUACCCACGGACACGGGCACACUCAUCCGUCCUCGGCACAGAGUCCAAUCGCGAAAAGUUCAACGGCCAGCUUUAUAUUGAAACAGACGGCCGUGGAGCGAGGAGCGAGCGCGGCCGCGGCUGCCGCGGUCGAGGAUUCAACUUUCCCUCCUGGAAACUUGCACCGAGCGUGUAGAAUGGAAAUUCUNCGGGAAAAGGAACGGGAGAAAGAGAGACAGAAGGAAAAGGAGAAGGAGAGUGAUAAAGAAAAGGAGAGAGACAAGGAGAGGGAAAAGACGAAGGAGAAAGAAAAGGGAAGCGAAGGAGAAAAGGAUAAAGAGGUAGAAAAAGAAAAGGAGAAAGAGAAGGAAAGACAGAGAGAAAAAGAAAAGGAGAAAGGAAAGGAAAAGGAAAAGGGAAAGGAAAAGCAAGAGAUAAAGCAGCAAGAAAAGGUUCAAACGAGUGGAGAAGUUUGACUAGUGCUAAACAGCGAAGAGAUAUGGUUAUGAUAAAUACAAAGCACGAGGAACAACAGGAAUCUGAGGGGAAGACGCGGCCGUGGAAAUAAAAGAACAGAAGAAAAUAAAAGGGUUUCAAAUGAUACUCCUUAGUUAAUAUAAG